AAGUCGUUCAGGUGUAACACGCCAUAUCAAAGAUCAUACCUUGUGUAUUGUUAUACAAUAUUAAAACAAAGUAUAUUGUUGCCAUAUAUCUCGAGGAAUGAAAACUAAAUAAUAACAUGUCUAAUAUACCAAACAAUCGUUCAAUUGAUGACAUGAAACUGUGGUCGGUAAAGCGUUUUGAUGUAAAAGCUGGUCAGAAGUGUUGUUACAUCCGGAGUUGCACAAUACUUCCAAAUAAACAACUGAUAUUUGCUGACGAGAACAACCAACGACUUGUUGUUGUAGGAACCGACGGUAAACAUGUUUGUGAUAUUAUAGUUUCUCAGAAACCGUUUGAUAUUGAACCUAUCGAUUUUGCCAAAAUUGCUGUGUCCUAUGGAAUUGCAAAGUAUAUUGAAGUAAUAAACAUAGAAGAUAAGAAAGUCGAGAGCCGAAUGGAAUUGAAGGGAUUUUGUUCCGGGCUCACCCUUGUUAAUGGAAAACUAUUUGUUCUUGUGAACGGACAUGGAAUUCAAGAAAUUGAUUUGACGAAUAAAUCUGUUACUUCAUUAGAAUUGCCAGUUAAACAGUCAUUUGUAAUCACUUCCGGUGGUGGUCGCUUAUACUGCGCAGAUUUAAAAUCAAAUUCCUUGUGUUGUUAUACGUCGGGAAUAUUAGUCUGGCGGUUGACUUCACCUCUGUUGCAUAUCAGCCAAGCAAUUUCUGCUGAUGAAUACGGCAAUGUUUUUCUGACAGAGACCGACAGUAAUCAAAUAGUAGCUAUAUCAUUGGACGGUGCAAAUACACGAAAACUGUUGGAUGAUAAGCAAGGGAUUAAUCUACCAUCAGCAGUGUAUUAUGACAAAUCUACCAAACAUUUACUAGUUUGUAACCGAGAAAACGGUCGAGCUUUCUUGUAUAGUUUAAUGUAAUAAAUAUUAAUAAAAGGUGAUUGGGUUAUGCGUCAAUAAGAUGUGCAAAGAUUUCAAAUAUGAUGUAGACCACACUUUUUUAUUGAACAAUUGUUUGUUUAAACAAACAAUACUAAAGUUAUGAUAUAAGAUGAUGGAUGAGGUUGUUGUCCUUCAAGUUAUUGUGAUACACCUCGUCGUGUGAAUUUUAUAAUGUUAUAUGUCUUUUUUUAUGAACUUUAAUUUAAAUGUAUACCA